CACAUCUCAGACUACUUGGUAGACACAGAGGUACACACUUUGAUGAUGACACAAGAUUUGAUCGCUUCGUUGUAUCUGUCUCCCUUGAGUUUUAUGCUUGUCAGGUCAGACAGGAGUGAGUGAAAGAGGACUUUUGUUACAUAGAAGUUACUGACAUUCACGCUCUUGACACAGCAUGCAUUGUGUGAGCAGAGGAGGAUGCUACCUGGUGAACUCUUGCUGUGACAUUCAGGAGGAGAACCAGUGGAAGAAGGAGAGCUACCAAGCAUGUUGGCUGAGCCUGGUCCUUGAAACAAGACCACAAUACAAGCUGACUCUAUCAGAGACAGACAGCGUUCGUAGAGAGAGUUACAAGCAGCAACAGGUGAUCCACUUCAUGGUGGAGAGGAGUCCCAGCCAGACGCUGAGGCUGAGCAGCAGCAACAGCAGAGGCAUGACAGAGCACCAGCUUCCCGUAUCCAACACCAUACAUCAUGCCACAACGGAACUAAAGCCGGUCGUACAAGAGAAGAAUAAUGGAGUGGAUAAACAGGAAGGGACUGCUUUCACCCAGGACCUCAGCAAGCCAAUCAGAGAGAACUUCAGAGCCUCAAGCCUGAUGUCCUCACCGAGGGAAAUCUCUCAUCGGGUGCAGAGGAGGGAGUGAAGCGAGGAGGUGGAAGGCAUUUAAAAGUUCAGAAAAUAUAACAUAGCCUUUGUUAUUGUAAUGUACAUACAGUACUGGUGUUAAUAAAUUAAUGUGUACUCCUAAAUUGUAUUAACUUUCUUAACAGUGACUUUUGGAGAAAAAAAAGUUAAACAUUUUGAUGAAUUGAAACCUCCUAGACAUCUCAUCUGCUAAGUACCUUCAUAUUUUUAGUUUCCUUCAAACUAAAGACCUGAACAAAGCAAAAAAUACUAUUUUAUUGUUCUUCUGAGGAGUGUCAACUUAUUUUAGGAGAGAUUCACAGUACUUCUAAUUGAGUUAGAAAAUUAUUAUCUUCAAAAAGGUUGCUGAAUUGAUUAACCAUGUGCAAAACAUUUAAUGAUAUUGUAGAUAUGAACACAUUCUGACAGAUUCUCUACAAUGAUUGUAGACUAUGUUCGUCAUUGUCAGUGAUUUCCAUGGCUAACAAAGCUUCAUGAAACAAAGUCUGGAACCUGAUUUAUUUUAGUCUCUUGUUGCACUGUUUGAUGGCAAACACUAAGUUUGUUUUCCAUGUUUAGUUGAAGAGCUUUGAUUACACCAGUAAUAUUAGGUUGUAUUGUAAUAUUAAGUUAAAUGACUAUGAGUGGGUGAGAGACAUUAGUGCAAUCCCCUGAUACACCAACACCAAAAGUUUAGGACUUGGGGAAUUAUUUUGGACAUGUCUGUCUUUCUAAACAGUGACUUUGUCCCUCAGCUUCAAACAGCAGUACAUUUAAUUCAUGCUCUGCUUAGAUCAUAGCCAUGUGGAGCAAGCUGGGCAGCCUUCGGCCACAGCCAAGUGGAGCGAGCUGGGCCGCCUUCGGCCUCAGCCAUGUGAAGCGAGCUGGGCCGCCUUCGGCCUCAGCCAUGUGAAGCGAGCUGGGCCGCCUUCGGCCUCAGCCAUGUGAAGCGAGCUGGGCCGCCUUCGGCCUCAGCCAUGUGAAGCGAGCUGGGCCGCCUUCGGCCUCAGCCAAGUGGAGCGAGCUGGGCCGCCUUCGGCCUCAGCCAUGUGAAGCGAGUUGGGCCGCCUUCGGCCUGAGCCAUGUGGAGCGAGCUGGAACAGCUAGUGACGUACCAAGAAAUCCCCCGUCAAUCGGACCGUCUCAUUUCGUUGACUACGGAGGACUCGGCCCCCGCAAAACAUUUAUGUUUUAUGGUCUUUUGGUUUUAUAACAUUUGUAUCGUUAGCUAUUCGAGCAAGUUGAAACCCAAUAAUUACAUUUAAAAGUAUAUCCAUUUGCCACUACUGCUGGAUCGGGGGGCGCCAUUUUUCGUCAGAAAAUAACUUCUCUGGGCGCACAAUGAAUCUUAGGAUACGUGCGGCCGUGAAGGAUACAUCUGACGCAGUGUUAUUAAUUGCGCGGCUCACGAGCCUCCUGCUUAUGAAUAUGGACAGUUGCUAAAAAAUAAUUUAGAUCGCUAAAUUGGAGCAUUUAAAUUGAAGGAUACUACGACCAACCUGGCACUUCAUACUUGCGUUAGCUUGGCUACUCCCAUUAAAAAAAGAAAGGUAUGAGCCAUACAAGACGAGCAUAGGAAAAUUCAAGAAAAGUGGACAGGAAUUUUUAUUUUUCCUCCACGAGUCGAACCCUUCGUGCUUAAUAUGCAAACAAACCGCUCUGUUUUCAAGCGAAGUCAAUUUAGAGCGGCAUUUCCAAACUACGCAUCCAAAAUGCAACCAAACUUGCGCACCUGGAAGGGAAAUUAGGAAAAACAAAAAUAGAGUAGCUUUCUUCUUCUCUUUCUGGACAACAAAGGCUCAUACGACAACUAAUACAGCUGAAG